UUUUUUCUUUAAAUUUUUUUUCUUUCUUGUUCUGAUACUAGGGUUCGUUUCUUGGAGUACAGCGGAAGAGAAGCGGACCACAUAGUUGCUAAUUUCGAUCUGACAGGAAUUGUUUCUAUUUUUGCCAUGGCAAAUUCAAAGGGUUCUUCAAACAUCAGAAAUUUUCCAUACUCAGGAAAACAAUCACUGCUGCCUCCUAAAAGCCCCUUUCCAAGCAUUCCAUCAUCCUAUGGUGACUACGGCACCAGUUCUGCAAUAGGAUCAAAAGGUAUUCCGAAGCCAAGAGAGGGGCAUAGACACCACCAACGUACUUCCUCUGAGAGCUUUCUAAUAGAGGAGCAACCCUCUUGGCUUGAUGAUCUCCUUAAUGAGCCAGAGACACCUGUGCGAAGAGGUCAUCGGCGGUCUUCAAGUGACUCGUUGGCUAAUGCUUCUAACAUGGAAUAUGUAGCUCAGGAGGACAAGUUAAAAAAUGCCUCUGGACCUACUUGGGGAUCAUUGGAAUUUGAUCCUUAUCAAGAUGCACGACAUGCUUCAUUCUAUACUGAGCCAAAUUCUUUUGGGAGGCAGCAGAAUAGGUCAUGGGAUUCUUUAUUGAAUUCUGUUAACUACCAAAGUGGCCAGCAAUCUUCCUGGGAUAAUAUUGUACGUCAAAGCUCUGGACCAUUGUUAGUUCCGCAGGAACCAGAUGGGGUUUCAUCUACUGCUACUGACAGGCAAGAACUGGAGGAGUCUGGGUCCAAUAAUCCAAGAGGUUCUUCUGAUAAGAGGGAUUACUCUUAUGCUAAGCCUUCUGCAUCAGAGACAGAUCCAAAGCGUGCUAAACAGCAAUUUGCUCAACGGUCACGAGUCCGGAAACUGCAGUACAUAGCUGAACUGGAAAGGAAUGUCCAAGCUUUACAGGCUGAAGGGUCUGAAGUUUCAGCUGAGCUUGAAUUUCUGGACCAGCAGAAUCUUAUAUUGAGCAUGGAGAACAAAGCACUGAAGCAACGACUAGAAACUUUAGCACAGGAGCAACUUAUAAAAUACUUGGAGCAGGAGAUGUUGGAGAGGGAGAUUGCAAGGCUACGGGCCUUGUAUCAGCAACAACAGCAGCAACCACCACAAGCAGCAUCAGCUCAUCGCCGGGCCAGCAGCAGAGACUUGGAUUCCCAAUUGGCCAGCCUCUCUUUAAAGCACAAAGAGGCCGGUUCUGGUCAUGAGCCAGUCACUGGGCCACUCCGUAUUUGAGUUCUCAUAGGAUGUGUCAUAUUAUUCAGGCUAUGUCGUAUUUGCGUUCACAUAGGAUGUGCCAUAUUUUGUACCUUUCCUUGCAGCAUACUGGCGACCAAGGUAGUGUCUUUCAUGCAGAGGCACCAACUGUGGUCAUCACUCAUCAGAAUCCUGACGCCCUGACAGUACCACUAUGCUGAACCAUGUUGUGUUUAUGGUAUCUUCAUGCGCACCUGUUGGUCAUUGCCGGAGAAAGUUUGAUUUUCUGGCAGGUGAUUCAUCGGAGGUGAUAACUACAUCAU